ACUCGUUUGUGACCGACACAUCACUAAUAGAUUGUAAACAAGGAUGUUGAAGAGCGGAUAGUGUACAAAGAUGACCUCCAAACAGGUUUAUUUGACAUCCAGGUACAAACUAAGCUGCUUAAAGUAAAGCAGCAUCUUUUAGUGUUGUAAAAUAGCUUGUAUUUUGUGUUUUAUUGGUCUUAAAUGAGUCAUGAGCAGCUGUUCAACCAGCCUGGCUCCUGCUCGCAGCUCUCUGCUCUCAGCCUGCAGCACUUCUUCUUUAACACAGACGUUCAGCAUGUUGGACACAGCUGCAGAGCAAAUGAUGGUCCUCAAAGACUUCCAGGCAGCUUUUGACACAUGCGACAGAGGCCUGGAGAGUCUCAGCAACAUGGAGCAAGAGGACAACAGAUGUGGAGAGUUUAAAGCUGGCUUCUGCAUCUUAGGGCUUCAAGCAUUGGCUGAGCUGAAUCAGUGGCAUGGUGUCCUCUCCUGGGUCCUUCAGCAAUACGAGCACCAGGACAAAAUACCAGCUAAAAUAAUGCAGAUGUGCAUACUUCUUUACUCCAAGGUGGGAGAGCCAGCCGUGAUGCAGGAGGCAGCCAGAGUUUGGUUACACUGCCCGUCCAACAGCAGAGUGACGGGGUUCGGGACAGUGGCGGAGCUCUACCUGCUGCACGUCCUCGUGCCUCUUGAACACAGAGACGAAGCUCUGGAGCUGAUCGGCGGUGAGGUUGGAUGCGCUGCAUUCACAGAAGACCAGAGGCAGACUGCACUGGAGGUUGUUGAAGGAAAAGAGCGACAGAAUCAUGAACCGCCUCUAAAUCCUGAGUUCAGUCCAGACUCUGACAUCACUGCACUUCCUGUCUCAACUCAAGGAUCUAUAAUCCGUAAACUUGAAGCCAUGCUCAGGUUUUUGUACAGAAAAGUGUUGGCGACCGGCUCUGGUUCGUUUCCUCUCCGGAGAGUCUUCCUGGCUGCCGUUCUUCUCUACAUGCUUUUGUUCCGAAUGGAUCCAGCUCUUCCAUCUUCAUUCAUGUGGAUUUCCAAACUUCUCCAGCUGCUCAGACAGAUGUGGAGUGCCAUGUUUGCACCGUACUAUCAGGCUGUGAAAGACUGAAAAUCACAUCCCAUCAUUUUGAUUCAUUUUUACUUUGUUGUGUUGGUAAGAGAAUAUGGUUUAGUCCCUUUUUUCAAUUUUUAUCAUCAGUCAGAUUAAUUACUUUUAUUACUCAAAAUAAAGACAUUUCCAGCUGUAUUUGCUAUUUUCUGUGUUAGAAACCACAGACAUUUGUAGACUGACAUCCAUCAUCCUAAAGCAACUCCCUCUUUAUCAUAAUAAUAACUUUAUUAACCAGGAGAGUGCCUCACUGAGAUUAAAGAUAGCAGCAGCACAUACACAUAAUUACAAAACAUAUAACACAGACUGGUAAUGAAAUGGAUAUAGAUAAGAUAUCAAAGGGAUACAGAUGUGAUCGUGAUAAAAUAAAUUAAAACAGAUACAAUAAAUAUAUGAUAUUUUGUUUAUGACUUGUGAGAUUGUACGAUUGUAGUGUAUAACUGGAAAAAGAUUUAAAAAAAGAAUGUGUAACAACUUUCUGAAUUGA